GGGCGCAUGCGCGCUCGGACAAUCCCGGGAGCUCGCGCCUGGGGAAGCGGAGAAUAGUUGGAGGUCGGUGAGGUGUUUGCACUCGUGCAGAGCGCGAUCGCGGGAAAAGAGGGUCGUGUGAACGUUCCAACCCAACGGUCCAACGGUCCUGGGUGUGAUCUGAGCCCCGAAGGGCCGGGGUCGUUGGAAGAACCUCAACCCCCCCCCCCAAGAUCAGCACCGGGGUCGUUUGGACACCCUCUCCCCAAAUCAGCCCCGGGGAAGGCGAGGGUCUCCCUCUUGCACCGUUCCCAUGUGGCUGCCUGCCCUGCUGGGUCCUUGGGCCGUGCUGCUGGCCCUGUCUGCCGGCCGCUGCCGUGGGCUCUCCUUCCACCUGCCCCCGCUGAGCCGCAAGUGCUUGAAAGAGGAGUUGCACCGGGAUGUAAUGGUCACCGGAGAAUAUGAAGUGUCCGAAGCUCCUGCACCGGGCAUCCGAACAGACUUAAAGGUGACCGACUCAGCCGGACACCUGCUCUACUCCAAAGAGGAAGCCAAGAAGGGGAAAUUCGCUUUCACCACCGAGGAUUACGAAGUCUACGAGAUUUGCUUUCAGAGUCACGGACAGCCAGGGAACUUUCGGCUGCCGGACCAACUGAUCACCCUCAAUGUUAAACAUGGGGUAGAAGCCAUGAAUUAUGAAAAUGUCGCAAAAGCGGAGAAGUUGAAACCGUUGGAGAUCGACCUCCGUCGCCUGGAGGACCUUUCCGAAUCCAUUGUCAAGGAUUUUGCCUUCAUGAAAAAACGGGAAGAGGAGAUGCGCGAUACCAAUGAAUCCACCAGCACUCGAGUUUUCUACUUUAGCAUUUUCUCCAUGCUGUGCCUGGUCAGCUUAGCAUCGUGGCAGGUGUUCUACCUACGACGGUUUUUCAAGGCCAAAAAACUCAUCGAGUGACGGAGACCCAAUCCAGGAUCCCUGGUCUCCUUACCUGAUUGUGCCAAGAUCUCAGGACAAACCACUUUUAUCCCCUCACUGGCCCACUGAUGGGGGGUCAACACAGAAAUUGGACCGGAUCUCUUUCGGGGCAACAGAUUGGUUUGAAAAACGGCCCGGCCUCUCUGUUUUGGGUGUGUUUCUUUUCUCUUGGACUCAUCUGGGUGAUUUUUCUCACCUUCUCUUUGGGAUGGGGUUGUGGGGUAGGCAUCCAAUCUGACUGUUACACAAUUUGAGCACACUGGAUAAUAUUUGGAAAUAAUAAAUCUUGGUUCCUAGACUGGUGGCUAUUGGUGGGGAGAACUCAUUUGAAACUCAAGCUGGGAAGAAAAUUCUUCAAGGUCAGAAAUAUUAGAUUGAGGGGGGAAAAGAUAGCUAUUACUUAACCCACAAUGUUGGUCAGUUUACUCAUCUCCCUAGCUUAUUGUUUCUCCAACUUUAACCCGCCUGGACUUCAGCUCCCAGGAUUCCCCCAGGCUGCCUGGGGAAUUGUGGGACUUGAAGUCCAGACAUCUUAAAGUUGCUAAGAUAAAUACUGCUUUAAGCAGUAAUGCCAUUGGAUUUAAUUCUGGCUUAGGAUGUUGUGUGAGCCUAGCAGUUUACUGUUUAUAAACCAUGGCUUGAUGGCUUUGUGGUUUAUGAUUAAGUGUGAACUCAGCCAGUUGUCAGAGCUGGCUUAUUAGCAAGUCUUGGUUCCCAUCCUGUGGUUUGAGAGAGCAAAUUAUGAUUUUAUGCCACGGGGUGUGUUUAUACAAAUAUGUGAAUAUGAGCUGUUGGAUUUGAAAAAUAAAAGGGCUCACUGUUGCAGA